AGAGCGACACGCACACGGGAGAGUUGAUGAGUGGGACGGUGUCUUUGCGGACGCGUGUGUUGUGAACUGUACGUGCCGUCUCUCAAGUUGACCGACUUCCGCACAUUGCGGUGCUUCUUUCUAUGGCACCCGCUGAUGACCGACCUCGGAGGAACGUAUCCACUUUCGCAGAAGUCAUUCAAAGCGCGAAUUGACUUGGGAAUAACUUUGAACUGACGAACGGAAGAAAGGAAGGAAACGAGCCAACGGACGGACUUUACGCAAGUGUGUCCGCGGUAAUUAAAUUCUUUUGGGAACAACUAUGUUCGCGCCGUUGAGGUCGUAAACAUGUUACUUAACCGUUUGGCUCGGCUGUGAUCUAGCCGCCACGGCUGAGGCAACCUGGAACGGCCGUCUUUGAAGUUCAACUUGUCUCUUUCGCGUGCGUGAGCGAGUGAGUGUAAAAGUGUACGAGUGCGUAUGCGUAUGAGUGUGUCUGUCUGUCGGUGCGGGGUGAAAAAUGUGGCGCCCUCGGGACUCGCUAUCUGGGGACGCCGCUUGUCAACUCUCAACGCGGUUUUGGUAAAGGUGCAGCGAGUGACGUUGUGGAUUAUUAUGAUGAUUAUAGCAACCUCAUUACUAUCAAGGAGAAGUGAAGUUAAAUGAAAUUCGACUCAUGCGUGGAUAGGAGCUGGGCUUUUCUUCGCGCGCGGACACGUGCGGAGACUUAUUGGUGGCAACUCGGAGCAUGAAUUGCAACUUUUUUUUUUCUUUUCAUUUUUAUGAUUUUUAUUUUUUCUUUGGAUAUGCGGCUGGAUGCACGCUUGAUUAUUAACUCUGAAUGGAAGGACCGGGACGUUCACGCGUGAGCUUGGAUUGCGGUGCCUAAAGAAGCACAAGAAAAAAAAAAAAAGAGAAAAAGCUUCCGACUUGUUUUCCUGCUGCCUGCUUUGAAGUCCACCAUGUGCGGCCGGGCUCCGCCGCUUCAGCCGAGGCCAUGACCGUCCCCCCGUGGCGCCUGGCCGGGCUCUGGCCGUGGCUGCUGAUGACGGCCCUGCAGGUGGUGCUGGGCCAGCCGGGCCCGGAAUCCGAGCGGCCGGCCCUACGAGCGGUCAUCAAGGUGACGCUGCUGAAGCACGAGCCGACGGGGAGUCCCAUCAUUCUGGAGGGGGUGUUCGUGGGAGGAAGCGCCGGUGACGCGGAGGGGAAACUCAUGCAGUACCACCCUCUGUCACUGUGCAACACAAGCGAAGAUGAACGGCAAGAGAGCGACUUCAUCACCAUCGUCAAACUGGAGCAGAGGGUUCCUCGCUGUCUGCCGCUGCUGGAUAAGGCCCGCAUGGCACUGGAAAAGGGAGCUCAGGCGGUUAUUUUCGAUGUCAGCGAUGAUGUCAACGCGGCUGUCGAGCUGAGAGAAACAGACUCCCUUCCCCGCCCGGUCGUGCUGGUGGAUGCUGAGGAUGCGGAGGAGUUGAUGGCUCUGGUCAACAAGAACGAGGAGGCUAAAGUUCGUAUUGAGAUAUUGGUGAAGUGGCCACAUUAUGACGUGGGUAUCCUGCUCACCAUUGUCUUUGCUGUCGUGACCAUCAUCCUCAUCUUUGCUUUCCGCUACAAGUGCAAGUCCAGUAGAACUUGGGACUCGGUGCAUCAGCAGACCAUGCGGGCAAUUAGUCGAUUGGAGACCAAAACCUACAUCUCUCAGGGGUGCUCAGGCUCACAGCGCCCCCGUGGGGCCUGGGGUUCAGCGAGCAGCUCCAACUCCACCCCAGUCUGUGCUAUCUGCCUGGAGGAGUUCCAGGAUGGCCAGCAUCUCAGGAUCAUCUCCUGCGCUCACGAGUUUCAUAAAGAUUGUGUUGAUCCCUGGUUGCUACAGCACCGCACCUGUCCUCUGUGCAUGCACAACAUCAUGGGGGCGGAGAGGCAUGCCCAGAGGAACAGACACCAAUCCAGUCCAGAACAGCGUUUCCUCCACCCUCAGCCUUACAGCAGUCCACGAAACCACCCGUUCCCCCAGCAUGACAUCCCAUUUUCUAUGAGGCCACUUUAUCCUCGUGGUCCCUCGGGCUCGUAUCCCUCUGUUGGCCACUACAAUUCCUCCUCUCCCAUGGACAACCAAACCCUACGUUUGCUUACCAGCAGGCCACUGGGUGUCCCCUGUGGGUACCACCUUCCAGCAGAGGGUCCCAGAAGGCCCCAUAGGACUGGCGGUAACUGCAGGACUUCUACUCACCACUACACCCCCCGCCGGUCCUGUCACAACUACCGCUCAUCUUGCCCAGCUCAGCGCAGCGCUUCCAACUCCAGAGUGCACCACAUCGCCUCAGCCACCCCACAAAGCCGCGGAGCGGCGGCCCAUGGUCGACUGGACGAGGGCAGCUGCUCCGGCGGCAGCUACCACACGGAUCGCAGUGGAUAUUUGGCCGACGGGCCGGCGAGUGACUCUAGCUCAGGGCCGUGCCACGGCUCCUCCAGCGACUCCGUUUUGAACUGUACUGACGUGUCCUUGCAGGGAGUUUACGGCAGCUGGUCCACUUUCCGCAGCUCACUGAGUAGCGACUACGAUCCAUUUGUGUAUUACGGGCCGGGCUCCGUCGAAGUGGAAGCCCAGGGCCGGCCCAGGUCUCUGGAUUCUGUGGUGAACAAAGUUGGCUGCCCUGAGGAGCAACCUCAGACUGUGUUUAGCCACAUCCACUACCACCGCCAUAGACACCACCACUAUGAUGAUGGGGAGCACAGCCAGGACCCAAGCAGAGGCUCAGAUGAGGAGCAGGGGGCCGGUGCGGCCACAGCCCCUCCUGCACUCGUCUUGGAUAAAGACUCACCCGUUGCCCCCCCUAAGCCAAGUCACUGCCAGUGCCAAAAACCAGACUGUACACAUCUGCUGCCCGUUUCUGGGACAGAAGGUCGGGAUCCGGACCCGAGCGCAUCUUCGGGGCCUUCUGUCCUGGUGUCCUCUAUCCCCUUACAUCUACAAACCCACUGCUGCCACCAGGGACACUCACCCGCAGCUCUCGGACGGAGCUGUGUGCGAGACCACCCCUCUGUUCGUUUCCACCAGAGCUUGGACCUUCAGGAUGAUCGGAGCGUCCGCAUCCACUUCGGCCAAAGCUCGGGCUUUUGCUGCUCUCCCCCUGAACUGCACCCCGCCCUCCUUCCCGUACCUCUAAUUCUGGACUCGGGAGGUAUAGACGACUGGCCCUGCUGUGCCGGGGCCCAUGUUGUGUGGCAAAAGCGGGUGCAGGAGGCCCACUCUGAGCCUCAUCUCCUGGGGACCAAGAACUCUAUUGAGAGACCUCCUUGCAGGUCCCAGCAUGGCCUUGCUGCAGACCGCAACACAGACAGUUGUUUAUACUGCCAAAAAAUGUACCACAAUCAGGGAUCUGAAGAGGAGUCCGGUGUGUGAGAACUUGUUUCCCUAAUAUGACGCUGCUAUACAGAGCCAGAAUGGAUGAUCCUCUUAGUUGCUCGCACUCUUGCCUGCUGCCACGUACAGUCAUUCUGCUUGCCAAGUCUUGGAUUCCCUCUUCAGAGUGUCUCAUGAACAUCAUUUUGUUUCGAAUGCUUGAUGACGAGAUUCCGGGCUCAAUCACGAAACAAAUUAGCACCUAACGCACAUUCGGUUGCUUUGCAUGACCAUCCGGAGUUGAUGGGAACACCCCCACAAAGGGUUUAAAGUGUGGAAAGAGUGGGAAAAGGGGCUCUUGUUCUGGCUGUUGUCACUCACGGGGUCAGACUCCACGUGUGCGUGGCUCACCUAAUUCAGAAGAACUUGAUUUUGCUCACCGCGGUACCUUCAUUCAUUCACUCACGUGAUCGACAUCUUCCUCCUUGCUGAGUCGAGCCUCAGCUGAUCAAACUUUUCUCUAAGCCUACCUCAGCUCAGAAUUUGUCUUGCCUCACACAGGGUUUUCUUUCAAGGUACUGCUGUAGUUUUUUUUUUU